AUCCAUGAAGAAGAACAAUCCGCUGUCAUUGGGUGAAAAUCGUUUUGCUCCGGACUUUUCACAAAAGCUGCCUCGAUUGUUCCUCUGUCUCUCAGCACUAUGUCGUCCACCGAGUGUAGAGACCUGGGCCGGGCGCUGUGCAUCAUCACCGGGGCGUCCAGAGGCUUUGGCCAGACUAUUGCAAGGAACAUGUCUCGGCUGGUGAAGCCUGGGUCGGUGCUCGUCCUGGUGGCCCGCUCCGGAGACGACCUGCGUGCUCUGCAGGCGGAGCUGGCCGAGUCGGAGGCAGGUAGAGUGGGCCUGGUGGUUGAAUGUGUGGUGGCGGAUCUGGGUCAGCCAGACGGGCUUGAAGCCGUCGUCAGAAGGUCUCAAGAGUCUUUUUCUGAGGAUUUAGAUCAUAUUAUACUGGUCAACAACGCAGCCUCUCUGGGUGAUGUAUCCCGUUAUGUCAAAAGCUUCACCAACAUGGCAGAGGUGGACUCCUACCUGUCUCUCAAUGUUACCUCCUCCCUGUGUCUCACCGCCAGCAUCCUGCAGGCUUUUCCACAGUGCCCAGGUCUGCGCCGCACUGUGAUCAACAUCACCUCGCUGUGUGCCCUACAGCCUUUCCGCUCCUGGGUGCUGUACUGCACUGGAAAAGCUGCCCGAGAAAUGAUAUUUAGGGUGCUGGCAGAAGAAGAACCGGACCUGCGGGUGCUCAACUACUCUCCAGGGCCUCUUGACACGGCCAUGCAGAUGUUGGCCAGAUCUAAAACAGCUGAUCCUACUAUCAGGAAGUCGUUUUCGGACAUGUUCGCUCAGGGCCAGCUGCUCACCUGUGAGGAGUCCUGUGCCAAACUCAUGAAGGUGCUGCUAGAUGACAACUACACAUCAGGCGCUCAUAUCGACAUCUAUGACCUCUAGACACAGCAGAGCUUACAAGCAUUUAGCAUUGAACUGGAUUACUUUUAUGUGGCUUGAUUUUAAAUUGAUUUAAACUCUAGUCAUUCAUACCUUACAGUUGUAGGUGCAGAGGUUAAUGGCUGACUCAAGAUGAUCUGUCAGCCUAUUUUGUAGGGCAAUGCCUCUUUUUCUUAAAGUGAAGGAUCAAACCCAAGUUCAUCAAAUUUACAUUCAAAACAUUCCAGAACAACAGCAAUGCUGCUGACACCAGUCCCUGUAAUGACAGUGAACUCAUGUUUGGACUUACAAGAUACCAGGGAUGAAACAGUAUAAAAAUGUCAUAUUGUGAUUAUAGUGACAUGAUCAUGGUUAUCCAUACUAUUGUGUUAUAGUUAAAUGAGCUGAAGAUGUUCUAAAAAUACUGCUGCAAACUGAGCAAUGCUUAAAUGCUUGCUCGACUGUCUGUGUCACUAUAGAGGAGGACAAGGGGCCAGGGUUUGUUUGCUGCAUGCCCACUCUGUCUUUCACUCACUCAUGCACACUCACACUAUCUUCUGUGUCGCUUAUCAGUGUAUAUAAUGACACACAGAGGAGUCCUGUAACAGAGUCUACAGUGUUUCUCUUGCGGGGACACUUUUCUAACCAUUUCAGUGACUGCUAGAUUUUAAGAGGUAAUGAGAGCUGGUCUGAGCAUUGCCAAGACACCUCAGCAAAACAUUUGCUAUGUAGGAGGAAGCCAUUUGUAGAUGAACUGGUGCUUCAGGCCAUAACAAGUCAUGUCCAGUGUCAAGGAAUAAAUGAAUAAACGAUUA